CAUUUGCUCCAGCCCUGCUUACAUCAACGCAUCCAACUAAAUUUCCCUACUGGGAUGGAAUUAAUCGAGCACAAAAAAUUAGAUCUUCACUAUUAGCUAAGAAUCUAUUAUUAUAGUUUAGCACAUGAGGAGCCCACUUUAUGAUUGGCGAGGCAGGAUCUGCGAAUGGUUACUCGUGGAUGCUACCCCUCACCGGCAAUCGUUCAAUCGCGUCACUUGCUACUGGUGUAUCAACUCCUCCCAUCGUCAACCUCACCAUUCAGCAGCGGAUUCCCUAUUUGGAAUCCCACGUCACUCUGAAUUGGGACCUCGCAUUAACGCACAGAACACGUUCUUUAGGUAAGCCAUGCUUUUGGCCACAAGUGAUGUCUAGUUUACACUCUCUGAAAUCUGUCAAUGCACAGAGCCAGCGCCUGACAGCAGUCUGUGCAUUUGACGGAUGGUUGGUGCUUGCCCCCCAACCGCCAGUCCCCGAUUGUCAUCAGUUUGCCCAGUGCUGGCUGGUGACACAAAGCCAUCGUAAAAAAACUCAAGGGAUGAACGUCGUGCUACGAGUUCAAAUCAUCUAGCAAAGGCGUUCUGACGACUGUUUUGUACAAACCGGUAGCAUUCUGAUAUCAAUCAAAGUCUGACGAGUAUCAUUCAGCGAA